UCAGUGGCGAUCAAGCUUUUGUGCGGUUACGUGACACCAGUCGUCGGCGGUGGGUGUUAAAUCAAAAAAGUUAAAUCAUUUAUAAUAAUAAAUAGAUAUUAACCUGUAAUUACUAAAGAGAAGAAAAAAAAACAAAUUUACAUAAAAGGGGACGGUCGAAAAUUCUGUAUAAAACAAAAUGAAAUCAUUGCCCCUAGUGUUGUGCAUUUUUGGUGUGGUUUUAGUGGUGGCGCAAGCCAAAUUGGAGGAAAAAUUCCAUUGGAAACAAUUGGCAUUCGAUUGGCCAUCAAAAGAAGUGGAAAAUGAAGCCCUCAAAUCGGGUCAAUAUGUGGUUGAGAAUAAUUUACCAUUGGGUGUGGAAAAAUGGAGCAAUAAAUUAUUUAUAACAGUUCCUAGAUGGAAAUCAGGAGUUGCUGCCAGCUUAAAUUAUGUUGAUUUGAACUCCAACGAUAAGUCUCCAAAGCUACGCCCAUAUCCCAGUUGGGAGGCCAACAAGGUACCCAUGGACAAAUGUGAAAAUGAAAGAGGAUGUCCACUCAACGAUAAUUCCACCGUGAUAUCCACAUUCCGCAUACAAGCCGAUAAAUGUGAUCGCCUCUGGGUCUUGGACACCGGAUUGGCUGAUAUAUUGGGAGAGGGCAAACAAGUUACACCAAAUGCCAUAGUCAUCUACGAUUUGAAGACGGAUAAACUGGUGAGACGUUUCACCAUCCCCAAAGGGCAAAUGAAGGAGGAUAGUUUCUUGGCCAAUAUUAUCGUUGACUCUGAGCGCUCGGAAUGUGCCAAUGCCUAUGCCUAUAUUCCUGAUUUGGGAGCCUAUGGAGUUAUAGUCUAUUCCUUCCGCGACAAUCAUUCAUAUCGUGUCAAGCAUAACUUCUUCCAUUUUGAUCCUUUGCAUGGUGAUUUCAAUGUCGGUGGCGUCAACUUCCAAUGGACCGAUGGUGUGUUUGGCAUGGCUGUUGGCCCCUUGAAACCUGAUCAUACCAAGGAUAUCUAUUUCCAUGCCUUGGCCAGUACCAAAGAGUUUAUGGUCUCCAAUAAGGUUUUGCAAAAUGAAACUCAUGUCACCUCACCCGAUGCCUAUUAUGACUUUAAAUAUGUGGGUGAUCGCGGUAUGAAUGGUCAAUCUACCGCCGAAGUUUAUGAUCUGGAAACGGAUGUUAUAUUCUAUACCCAAGUCAAUAAGGAUGCCAUUGCCUGCUGGAAUACCAAAAAGCCGUAUGUGGCCGACAAUCAGGGUCUAAUUGAUUCCGAUUCCCAUACACUGGUCUUUCCCAAUGACAUGAAGAUUGACUCCGAGGGCAAUUUGUAUGUGCUGUCCGAUAAAAUGCCCACCUAUUUGUAUAGGCAAUUAGACCCCGCCGCUGUGAAUUAUCGCAUCUUGACUGGUAAUAAUCGUGAUCUGAUUAAGGGCACACCUUGUGAUCAUUGAAGUGUAGAGAUAUGAGAGUUAUGUCUCAAGUUCUCAGUUUAGAAGCACUUCUUUUACUAUAUAUAUGUGGUUUUUAAGAAAAUUCAAUUAAAAUUUUUUUUGAAAAAAAAAAUUAAGAUUUUUAGAUUUUAAGAGCGUUUUUUGUACGAAGAUAUUUACGAAA